GCCGUGCAGUUCACGCCGGAACCUGAGGGUGGCUCGGUGCUGCUCAGUGUGCGGGCAAACUGCGCUCCGCUUCAGCCUCAGUCCUGCCAGUCAACACGGGAGACCGAGUCCAUGGAUACGGAAAGGAAGUAAAUUGGAGUCGUUGCUUUGAUACUUUUUUUAUGUUUAGCUCUCAUCUUCUUGGCUAAUGUUGGUGUACCCGAUCUGUGUUUUGAGGCGUUAUCUAAUCCUGUGGAACAGGUGCACACGGAUGGGAAAAGCACAGAUUCCAAACAGGAUUGAGAAAAUAAAAAUAUGCACCUGGUAAAAGAGGAAAAGGUCGGAAGUAGCUAACUAGCUUGCUAGCUAAGCAAAUAAAACGACGCGGCCAAAUAGCUUGGUAUUUUCAACUCGGAAACUCUUACCUGCAUCUGAAAAAUGGCGUCUGGACAACCAUCUUAUUAGAGGGGGAAUACUUAAUGUUAAUAUCGACAUUGUUAUUAUUGGCUUUUUUCCAAAAGGAAAAGUUUUUUACUUGAUGUUCGAGUAUUCUUAAGACAGGCGCGAGCUCGUCUAGUGGGACAAGAUGUCAGUGAACGAGCUCUUCACGCAGUACACCCGGGUGUGGAUCCCUGACCCAGAGGAGGUGUGGACAGCUGCAGAAAUCAUCAAAGACUACAAGGAGGGGAACCCCAUCCUGCACCUCAAACUUGAGGAUGAAACGCCGCUGGACUACCCCAUCGGGCCCAAAGACAACCAGCUGCCCUUCCUGCGCAACCCUGACAUCCUGGUGGGAGAGAACGACCUCACGGCUCUCAGCUACCUCCAUGAGCCGGCCGUGCUACACAACCUCCGAGUGCGCUUCCUGGAGUCCAAUCACAUCUACACCUACUGCGGGAUCGUUCUGGUGGCCAUUAACCCCUAUGAGCAGCUGCCCAUAUACGGGGAGGAGGUUAUCAACGCCUACAGCGGGCAGAACAUGGGGGACAUGGACCCCCACAUCUUUGCUGUGGCUGAGGAGGCCUACAAGCAGAUGGGCAGAGAUGAGAGGAACCAGUCCAUCAUCGUGAGCGGUGAGUCAGGAGCGGGGAAGACGGUCUCGGCGAAAUACGCCAUGCGCUACUUUGCCACGGUCGGCGGGUCGGCCAACGACACAAACGUGGAAGAGAAAGUGCUGGCCUCAAGUCCCAUCAUGGAGGCCAUCGGGAACGCCAAAACCACUCGCAAUGACAACAGCAGCCGCUUCGGGAAGUACAUCCAGAUCGGCUUCAGCCGGCACUACCACAUCAUCGGGGCCAACAUGAGAACGUACCUGCUGGAGAAGUCCCGGGUCGUGUUUCAGGCUGAGGACGAGAGGAACUAUCACAUCUUCUACCAGCUGUGUGCCUCUGCUGUGUUCCCGGAGUUCAAAGACCUGGCCUUGACCAGCGCGGAGGACUUUACCUACACCUCCAUGGGCGAGAACAUCUUCAUCGAGGGCGUGAACGAUGCCGAAGACUUUGAGAAGACCAGGCAUGCCUUCACUAUGCUGGGUGUGAAGGAGAGCCACCAGUCCAGCGUCUUUAAGAUCGUGGCAUCCAUCCUGCACCUUGGCAACAUAGAGAUUGAAUCUGAGAGGGACGGAGAGUCCUGUCAUGUCUCCUAUGGCGACCCCCACCUGCAGCACUUCUGCAGGCUGCUGGGGGUGGAGCAGGAGCAGAUGGAGCACUGGCUGUGUCACAGGAAGCUGGUGACCUCGUCCGAAACGUACGUGAAGAACAUGUCGAGUGUGCAGGCGGCGAACGCACGGGACGCCCUCGCCAAACACAUCUACGCCCAGCUCUUCCAGUGGAUCGUACACCACGUCAAUAAGGCCCUGCACUCCUCCUCCAAACAACACUCCUUCAUCGGGGUCCUGGACAUCUACGGGUUUGAAACGUUUGAGGUGAACAGCUUUGAACAGUUCUGCAUCAACUACGCCAACGAGAAACUCCAGCAGCAGUUUAACUCGCAUGUUUUCAAGCUGGAACAGGAUGAAUACAUGAAGGAGCAGAUCCCCUGGACCCUCAUAGAUUUCUAUGACAACCAGCCCUGCAUCGACCUCAUUGAAGCCAAGCUGGGAAUCCUGGAUCUCCUGGAUGAGGAGUGCAGGGUUCCAAAAGGAACGGAUCAAAACUGGGCCCAGAAGCUGUACAGCCGCCAUUCCAGCAGCGAACACUUUGAGAAACCUCGCAUGUCCAACACCUCCUUCAUCAUCAUUCACUUUGCAGACAAGGUAGAGUACCAGUGUGAUGGCUUCCUAGAGAAGAACAGAGACACCGUCUACGAGGAGCAGAUCAACAUCCUGAAGGCCAGCAAGUUCCAGCUGGUGGCAGACCUGUUCCAGGAUGGGAAGGACGUGCCCAUCCCCACGACAACCAGCAAGGGCUCACGCAUCAAUGUGCGUCCGGCCAAACCGGGCCUUAAAGCCCCCAACCGGGAGCACCGAAAGAGCGUGGGUCACCAGUUUCGGAGUUCUCUGCAGCUGUUGAUGGAGACUCUAAAUGCCACCACCCCUCACUAUGUGCGCUGCAUCAAACCCAAUGAUGAGAAGGAACCAUUUUCGUUUGACUCCAGGAGGGCGGUGCAGCAGUUGCGUGCGUGUGGAGUGUUGGAGACGAUCCGCAUCAGUGCUGCUGGCUACCCAUCCAGGUGGACAUACUCAGACUUUUUCAGCAGGUACCGAGUUCUGAUGAAAAAGAAGGACAUCGUGAACGCAGAUAAGAAGGUGGCGUGUAAAACGCUGCUGGAGACUUUGAUCAAGGACCCGGACAAGUUCCAGUUUGGAAAGACCAAGAUCUUCUUCCGAGCGGGACAGGUGGCGUACCUGGAGAAGCUUCGGGCCGACAAGUUCCGCUCGGCCUGUGUCCAGAUCCAGAAGGUGGUGCGCGGCUGGCUGCAGAGGCUCCGGUACCGCAGGGUCCACAAGAUGGCCGUCACCCUGCAGCGCUGGCGCGGGUACCUGGCCCGCAGAUAUGCAGAGUAUCUGAGGAUGACGCGUGUGGCUCUGGUGAGUCAGAAGCAGUACCGCAUGGUGCGUGAUCGCCGUGCCUUCCUGCGUGUCAGACAGGCUGUGGUCACCAUGCAGGCCUACACCAGGGGCAUGUUCACCCGCCGGAUCUACCAGGAGUUCCUGCUCCACCACAAGGCCACGCUGAUCCAGAAGACGCUGCGGGGCUGGCUCCAGCGGAAGCGGUUCCGCCGGGCGCGGGACGCCGCCGUGGUGAUCCAGUGUGCGUUCCGCUGCAUGCAGGCCCGCCGGCAGCUCAAGCAGCUGAAGAUCGACGCGCGCUCAGCGCAGCACCUCAAGAAGCUCAACACUGGCAUGGAGAACAAGAUCGUCCAGCUGCAGAGGAAGAUGGACGACCAGAAUAAAGAGCACAGGACCCAGAACGAGCAGCUCUUGGUGACGAACACCACCCUGGGCACAGAGGUCACCAAGCUGCAGAAGGUGCUGGAGACCAUGCGUAGUCGCCAGGGAGACGGGAAUCAGCUGAGCUCCCUGCAGGAGGAGCUGGACCGGCUGAGGGCGGAGCUGCAGGAGGCGCACGCCCUCAGGGAGAAGCAGGAAGACGAGCACAGCCACGAGAAACAGAGCCUGGAACAGAGAGUGGAGGAGCUGGAGAGAGAGAACUCUCUGCUGAAAGAGGAGAAAGAAGAAAUGAACGAGAGAAUCCUUCACCAGUCCCGAAGCACAGAAGACCAGGAGAGCAGCGUCUCUCAGAAAGAGGCCAGGUUUCGGGCGGAGCUGGACGAGGAGCGUCUGCGGUACCAGAACCUGGUGAAGGAAUACUCCCGCCUGGAGCAGCGCUACGACAACCUGCAGGAGGAGCUCUCUCUGCCCAAGUUUCAGCCAGGCCACAGGAGGAAUCCAUCCAAUCAGAGCAGUUUGGAGUCGGACUCAAACUACACCUCCAUCUCCACCUCUGAGAUAGGUGACACGGAGGACUCCAUUCAACUGGUGGAGGAGAUGGGUCUGGAAAAGGCUGCGAUGGACAUAUCUCUGUUCAUGAAGCUGCAGAAGAGGGUGAGAGAGCUGGAGCAGGAGCGGAGGAGGCUGCAGACCAGCCUGGACAAGAGUGAGGAGCUCAAACGCAAGGGUUCAGAGCACAAAGGUUCCACAUCUGACCAGGAGUACAGCCCAGAUGCAGCAUACGACAGUCUGAAGAGGCAGGAACUGGAGUCUGAAAACAAGAAACUGAAGAAUGAUCUCAACGAACUGCGGAAAGCCAUGGCCAACCUCGCCUCCCAAGGCAGCUCAUCCAAUGAGCUGCAGGAUGGCUAUAACCUGCUGCUUAACCAGCUGAAAGCAGCCAAUGAGGAGCUGGACGUGCGGAAGGAGGAGGCGCUCAUACUUCGAGCACAGAUCGUCAGCGUCUCUCAGCAGAAGGAGGCAGAGGAUCUCACGCAGGAGGGUGGUGAUGUACCCGGAUGGACCAACAGCAGCAAGCUCCUGGAGAAGGAGGAAGACCUGCAGGGCAACCACAGCCUGAGUGAGGCCAAGAAGCUCCUGGAGGCCCAGCUGCAGUCUCAGGUGCGGAAGCACGCGGACGAGCUGGAGGCCCUGCGCACGCAGAACGAGCUUCUCCGGGACGACCUGGAGAAGCGGCAGGAGGCCCUGACCCAGCUGCUGGCCCUGCCCCCGGACACAAAGGUGGAGUACAGCAUCCAGCAGGAGAUCACCCGGCUCACCAACGAGAACCUGGACCUGAAGGAAAUGGUGGAGAAACUGGACAAGAACGAGCGCAAACUGAAGAAGCAGCUGAGGAUCUACAUGAAGAAGGUCCAGGAGCUGGAAGUGUCCCAGGCAGCCGCACAGGCAGCCAGGGCUCGCCCAGAGCUCACCCGUCAGGUGACCGUGCAGCGCAAGGAGAAGGAGUUCGAGGGCAUGCUGGAGUACAGCAAGGAGGAUGAGCUGCUGCUGGUCAGGAACCUGGUCUCAGAUAUGAAGCCCCACACAGUGUCGGCCACGGUGCCCUGUCUGCCAGCCUACAUCCUGUUUAUGUGCAUCCGCCAUGCGGACUACAUUAACGAUGACCAGAAAGUGCACUCCCUGCUCACCACCACCAUCAAUGCCAUCAAGAAGGUUCUCAAGAAACACAACAAUGACUUUGAGAUGACAUCCUUCUGGCUGGCCAACACCAGCAGACUCCUGCACUGUCUGAAGCAGUACAGUGGGGAUGAGGCGUUUAUGACCCAGAACACGACCAAGCAGAAUGAGCACUGCUUGAAGAACUUUGACCUGGCAGAGUACCGGCAGGUCCUGAGCGACCUGUCCAUCCAGAUCUACCAGCAGCUAAUCCGGGUGGCAGAGGCAAUAUUACAGCCCAUGAUUGUGUCGGCUAUGUUGGAGAGCGAGAGCAUCCCAAGCCUUGCGGGUGUGAAGCCCAUGGGCUACCGGAACCGGUCCUCCAGUAUAAACUGCGAGAGCGGGGGUCCGGUGGGGUACACGCUGGAGGCGCUGAUCCGCCAGCUGGGCCAGUUCUCCAGCACCAUGGGGGCCCACGGGCUGGACCCUGAGAUCUCCCAGCAGGCCGUGCGGCAGCUCUUCUACUGCAUCAACGCCGUGACGCUCAACAACCUGCUGCUGCGCAAGGACGUGUGCUCCUGGAGUACAGGCAUGCAGCUCCG